AUGGCGUCAAAUUGCAUUGGCCUUUUCGUCCUCUUCCAGCUUCUAGCCCUGAGUGUUGUGUGCCAGAUCUCUGCCUUCCCCACACCUGCAGCCUCAGUGGAUGAUAAAACUGUGUACAAUAGACAGCUGACAGAGGAAAGGCCACUACAAGAGCAGAUUGCUGAGGCAGACAGUGUGAAGGCUGCAGUACAGUCAGCAGAGACCGCAGCUGCCUCUGCACCUAAAGACACAGAGGCAGAGCAGGACAAUGAUGACUUCACUGUGCUAAAAUCGCUGGCUGAAGGCCAGAAAUCAAAGGACACCAAUGAGAUGCCAGGCAAGGCGAGUCGGAAGGAGGAGCAGUACGUUCCGGACGAAUCAGACUCCACCAAGAGUCGCCGUCUGGCUGAGGACUACGACUCCACCAAGAACGGGAUGGACUAUGGCAAGUACCAAGAUGAUGCCGAGAGCUUCCGUCAGGUGGACGGCACUCCACUGACAGCAGAGGACAUUGUCCAGAAGAUUGCCAACAAGAUCUACGAGGAGGACGACAGAGGAGUGUUUGACAGGAUCGUCUCCAAGCUACUCAAACUGGGGCUGAUCACAGACACUCAGGCAGAUACUCUGGAGUACCAGGUGGCUGAGGCUCUGCAGGAUCUCAUUACUAAGAACGCCAAGAACAAUGAGAUCGAGGACCUCGAUGGGGAAUACGCAGCGACCAGGGGAGAGCAGGAUGACCUGAGCCCAGAUGCCAAUGUGGAGGCGCCCAGGUACCGAUACAACGAUGAUGAGGAGGAGGAAGAGGAGGAUCAGAUUGAUGAUGAUGUGGACAGGGAUGUGGAAGGAGAAGGGGACGACACAGUUGACAACAGCUGGGACGCAGAUGCUGAGGACGGCAACGAGGUGAGCCCUGAGGACGGCCUCCAGGACCUGCAGUAUUUCCCCAACUUCUACCGUCUGCUCAGGAGUCUCGAUUCAGAUCAAGACACCCAGGAGAGAGAGACGCUGAUCACCAUCAUGAAGACACUGAUUGACUUUGUGAAGAUGAUGGUGAAAUAUGGCACCAUCACACCGGAGGAGGGAGUCUCCUAUCUGGAGAACCUGGAUGCCAUGAUAGCCAUGCAGACCAAGAACAAGCUGGGCAAGUCUCUCAGCCCUCCAGACUUCACGGGACCCAAUGGGAAAAACUCAGAUGAGGAUGACAACACCAAGGCCGAGGCAGCCAAGAUGCAGAAGGAGUAUGAGAACCUGAAAGACUCGACCAAGGAGGAGCAGCCGCCCACUGAGACCAAUCAGCCCGGCAAGUCAGAGACUUACUUGGAGGCCAUCAGGAAGAACAUCGAGUGGCUGAAGAAACAUAACAAAGAAGAAGGCAAAGACGAUUACGACCUGUCCAAACUGAAGGACUUCAUGGACCAGCAAGUUGACUCGUACAUCGAGAAGGGCAUCAUCGCCAAGGACGAAGGUGACACCAUUAAGAGGAUCUACAGCAGCCUGUAACCACCACCCACAUUUUGACCGACCUCCGGCCGUUCACACACGACUGAAUCCGACCUGAAGAUCUCUAAGAGCAACCUGACUAUACACACUUAUGUCCCAUAGCAUGGUCUGGCACUGGAUCCAAUUUGGCCCAAAAAGGCAAAGCAUAUACUCUUUAUGUAUUCAAAAUGAACUACUUAGAGGAACAUGAUUAUUCUCUGUCAUUCUACAAAUGUAUUGAAAGGAGGAAUGCAAUAAUAUUUAUACUAUCGACAAAACAGCCUAAUUAUUAAUUGCAGCAACCAAACUGAAGAGCUGACUAUCUUUGCACGCCAAUAUUAUGGGGUAGAGUUUUAUUGAGAGAAAGCAAACAAGUAUUUUUUAUGUAACCAACUCAUACUAAAUUAUGGCAUUUAUUACUUAAAGAACUGAAACUUGACCUCUGGGGGAAUGAAUGUUAAGAAGAGAAUACAAUGACACCGUAGCUGUCUCGUCAACUACCAUUUGAAAUACAUUUUUGCAACAAAACACACACACACACACAUAUAUCAAAUUGUGCUCAUUCUAUGUAUCCUGUCCUAGCCUGUUAUAUUUCUUUUCCAGUGUACAUGUAAGAUCUUAAUGUAUUCUUGCUUUUGACCAAAAAAUAUAUUUGUUCUGUAUCAUGUCAGUGCCCUCUGUACUCCUCUGUUCUGCUGUAAUGUGUCCAGAGCCCACUAGGGGGCAACGUCUGUACCAUUUCCCACUGCACGUACCAGUGAGUGAAACAUUUACAACUCUGUAGAGAAGCAAAAUGAAGUAUUUUUAAAUGUAAAUAUUUGUGAUUUUUUUCCUAAAAUGUAAAAGCAAUUAAAAUCUUGCCUUUUCUCUAA